CCACUCUGCUCAUCAUCAGCGAAUUCCGUCACGUCCUAGACCUACUUCACCGAUGCCUCAUGUUCGUGAAGAUUUACGGCGUCAGAUUGAACGUAAUCAUAUCUCAAGACACAGUGCAGAGGAAAUUGAAGUUCUCCGUAAACGCUUGGCCGAACUCGAGACUCGACAGAAGUCACAGGAAGAUUUUCCCCGACAUGUCUCGAUGUCGGGAAAUGUCAUUAUUGAAGCUGAUUCACCUUUAGCUCCGGAACUUACCGCGGAGGCACUUCCUGCUAAGAUAAAAAUCCCACAAAUUGGCAUGUAUGAUGGAACUUCGGACCCAGAUGCAUACUUGGGUCAUUACACGUCGUGGAUGGAUUUACAUGGAGCCUCAGAUGCUUUGAGAUAUCGGAUGUUUUCGCUUACACUGGGGCCACGAGCACAAAAAUGGUACUAUACUCUUCCACCUCAUUCAAUUUGGAAGUGGCAACAGUUUCGUGCGGCCUUCCGAUCACACUUCAUCAGAGCUCAAAUUUGUCUCAUCCCAAAAGAAUCAAUCACUAACAUCGUGCAAAAGGACGAUGAAACUGUUAAGGACUACGUGUCUCGGUUCAACGACCGAAUUCAAAAUAUGGAGCCUUGUCACCCUGAGACCUUGUUAGUGACUGCAAUCACUGGACUGAAGCCCAACUCGAUGUUUCACUGGACCCUAUGCCAAAACAAACUGGCUACGUUUCAAGAAUUCCUUAUACGAGCUCAACAAUUCAUUAUUGUCGAGGAAUCGAUGUCGGUUCCCAGUUUCGACUUCUCGGCGAAAGAAAACAAGACUGAACCGGAUGCUAAAAAGAAGAAUAAGAAGAACUUUGGGAAAGCACAAUUUCGGAAUUUCUCCAAAGGAUAUGAAAACACCCCAGAGUCCAGGGCCGCUCGUGAUCAAUAUUCAGACAAUGUCAGGACAGGCUAUCAGGCCGUUUAUUCAGCCGGAGCAGCUACUAUAUAUGAAGAACUGAAAGGAAAAGGGAUUAUUCAAGACCCGAGACCCGUGAGAACUCCUGAAGACAAGCUGGACAAAACUCGGUACUGUGCAUACCAUAAGUCUCUGGGACAUAAUACCGAUGAGUGUCUCGGUCUUUUGUCAGCCCUCUUACGAAACCAUCAUGCUCGAGCGGAACCAGUCGAAGACAUCGAAACUAUUUACGUGGAUGGAUUGACUCAGGAAAAAUCAUUGCGCAUUGGAGCUAACCUUCAAGAACCCACACGGUCAUGCUUAAUUCAAUUUCUUCAGUCAAAUUCCGACGUAUUCGCUUGGAAGCAUGAAGACAUGAAAGGAAUAGACCCGCAGAAAGCAUGUCAUCGCUUAAAUUUGGAUAAGACCGUCAAGCCCGUCAUACAGAAAUGCCGAAAAUUCGGCCCAGAUCGCCAGAAGGCUCUUGAAGAGGAAGUGAACAAGCUCAUAGACAAUAAGUUCGUCAAAGAAGCCAAGUACCCGACGUGGAUAUCAAAUCCUGUCUUGGUUAAGAAAGCCACCGGCCUUUGGUGUCUGUGCAUUGAUUUCUCGGAUUUGAAUCAAGCAUGCCCGAAAGAUAGCUAUCCAAUUUCACACAUUGAUUACAUGGUAGACGCUACAUCGGAACAUCAACUCAUGAGCUUUUUGGAUGCCUAUUCCGGUUACAAUCAAAUUCCCAUGCACCCUGAUGAUGCUGAAUAUACAUCGUUCUACUCAGCCCGAGGUCUGUAUUGCUAUGUCAUGAUGACUUUUGGAUUGAAGAAUGCUGGGGCCACAUACCAAAGGUUGGUCAAUAAGAUGUUCGCUCGUUUGAUCGGUCGUACAAUGGAAGUUUACGUAGACGACAUGCUGGUGAAAUCGGAACAAGCCUCUGACCACAUCACUCAUCUUUCUGAAGUCUUUGACAUUCUCCGAGAAUACUCCAUGGUGCUUAAUCCCAAGAAGUGCACCUUCGGGGUUGGAUCAGGGAAAUUUUUAGGAUACAUGGUGAGUCAGAGAGGAAUUGAAGCCAAUCCUGCCAAGAUCCAAGCCAUACUUGAAUUGGCUCCCCCGAUAUCUAUUAAGGGUGUCCAAGCUUUAACUGGUCGACUGGCAGCUCUGAACCGAUUCAUUUCAAAGUCGACGGAUCAUUGUAAGCCGUUCUUUGACGCCAUCAGAAAGAAGAAGUCGUUCGAAUGGACCGCGGAAUGUCAGAAUGCUUUUGACAACAUCAAAGAUGUCCUUUCACGGUUACCGACGUUGCAAAAACCUCUUCCUGAUGAACCUUUGUAUUUGUACUUGGGUGUAAGUGAUGUUGCUGUUAGUGUUGUUCUUAUACGACAAGAUGGGCUUCAGCAGUUCCCGAUAUAUUACGUUAGCAAGGCCUUACAUGACGCUGAAUUGCGAUAUCCGUAUAUGGAGAAAUUAGCCUUUGCUCUGAUCAUUGCUGCACGAAAGCUGCGCCCAUAUUUUCUGGAGCAUUCUGUUAUCGUGUUUACAUCAUACCCUCUCCGACAAGUCCUUCACCGUCCUGACACAUCGGGAAGAAUGAUUAAGUGGGCGAUAGAACUGGGACAGUUUGAUAUUCAGUACCGACCACGAACUUCCAUCAAAGCUCAAGUGUUAUCUGAUUUCAUUGCAGAGUUUACCCCAAUU